AUUGUAGGCUAUUCUCUGGGCUGGGGAGGGGAGGGUGGGGGGAGUGAGCGAUCCAGUACUGUGUGCCAGUCUGCCGAGUCUUAUACUGCAGUCACAAUGUUUCUUGCAGCUGCGUCCAACCCAAUACCCACUUCUAAUGCAUUUGCAGAAGCAUCUCCCAGCAAACAUCGCUAGUAGAGAAUGUUUAGCUCAGGAACCGAUAUGGGUCUCUCUGUGCAAGACAAGAUGCAAUCCCGACUGCAGAAAAAAAGGAAUUAGACACGGGAAACAAUCCCUGUCUGUGUAUUUUUAAAUGCUUUUGGUUUUGGGCACAGAUAUCAUUUUCGUACCGUAAAGGGGACGAUGGCUGUAAGAAAAAAUAUUUGAUAAAUAAUAACUUUAUGUGAGCUCUAUACAACUGCCUUGAUAUUUACUUUUUUACACAGAAGGGGGAAUAAUUCAGAACUAAAAAUGUCAAAGAGCACAGAAAGUCCGACUGAAGACCUUUCUAAGCUGUCAGACGAGGACUUAAUGAAGUGGAGUAAAGAAGAGUUGGUCCGCAGGCUCCGACGGGCAGAAUCCGAGAAGAUGAGUAUCAUGUUGGACCAUGGCAACCUCAUCAGGGAGGUCAACCGCAGACUGCAGCUUCAUCUUAACGAGAUCAGAGGACUAAAGGACAUAAACCAGAAGCUCCAAGAGGACAACCAAGAGUUGAGAGACCUGUGUUGCUUUUUAGAUGAUGACAGACAAAAAGGGAAAAAAGUGUCCAGGGAGUGGCAGAGGCUGGGGAGAUACAGUGCAGGUGUGAUGCGAAAAGAGGUGACUUUGUAUUUACAGAAGCUAAAGGAACUUGAAGUAAAGCAAGAGGAGGUGAUCAAGGAGAACCUGGAACUCAAGGAGCUCUGUCUGAUGCUUGAUGAAGAAAAGAACUGUGGUGUAGGUAGCCGAAAUUCCAUAGAUAGCCAGAAUAGCCUAUCCCAUAUAUCAGCCCCCAGUACUGGCUUGUUAAGGGAUGUGGGCGAUGGAAGUAGCACUUCGAGUGCUGGGAGCACAGACAGUCCUGACCACCACCACAAGCUUCUCACCACAGGAAGCCCAGAGCACCUGCAGAAACCUCGGAGGGAUGGAAGUCCAGAGCACCAGAAGCACAGGAGCGGCAGCCCGGAGUACCAGCCGAAGCCAAAGUGUAGCGGGAGCCCCGACCACAAACACCUGCGAGGGGUGAGCCCCGAAAAGCACAAGGGCCUGGGCCGCGGAAGUCCUGAGCAUCAGAAGCACACCAGUGCCAGCCCAGAAACCCUGCAAAAACACCUCAUGAGCACUACCAAUAGCCCAGAGCACUUUCAAAAACACCGAAGCGGAGGAGGGGGUGGAGGUAGCCCUGAGCACCAAAAACAUAGCAGUGUUAGCUCCGAGCCUCUGCAGAAACAGGCACUGACUGGCACUCCAGACCUUCUCCAGAAAGCCCGGGGAGGGAGCCCAGAGCAGCUCCGGCAUCAAUACAUCGGGAGUCCAGAGCACCUCAAGUUUACCAGCCCCAGCAGAGAAGGGAUGCAGAGGAGGCCAGCUCCAGACGAAAUGUCGCCUCAUCAUCGGAGCAUUUACAAUGGGAUGAAUGCACUAAUAUCUGCUGGUUGUUGUACAACCACCUGUAGAAGUGUCAAGCUUUGGGACAGCUUUGAUGCCUCUUGACAAGAACCUCCAUUAGAGCAGUGCUGUGUUCUGUGUGCCACAUCCUGUUUGGCUGGACUUUUCACCAACACUAGACAAAAAGGUGGGGUUUCUCAAAAGCACUGAAGAGCAUGUGAACCUCUUGAAAAACAAACCAACCAAGAAAAAGAAAAAAUCUGAAGGAUCAUGUACAACUGCAACUGUAUUAAUAGAUAUGAGCAUUACUGAAGCAGAUUGGGUCUUCACAUUUUCAUAUUUGUUUUGGCCAUGUAUUAAACGUGAAAAGUGCUGCCCUGUGGAAUUGAUUCUCACCAUACAGUACAAGUCAAGGGAUGUAAGUUGUAUUGAAUUCUUUUCAUUACAAACAGUUUCCUACCUCCCUUAAAAUAACACAAAUUAAUUUGUCUAAUGGACAGCUCAGUUGUUUACAUUUGCAACUUAACUGGAAUGGCUAACUUUGUGGAUACAUUUAUUUUUAUGAGUCCUCUCCUAUUUGCUGAUCUCUGGAAUUUCAUAAUUUGUGACUGUAGAUGAAACAAAUAUUCUGCUGCUUCCUUCUGACUGCUACACCUACAGAAUAAUGUCUCCAUUCUCUUAUAAGAUAUGUGUCAACAUUAAUCUCACUAAGGAUAUUGAUUAAGACCUUUUACUGUUAUUUUCUUUAUAAGAAUUUUGGAUUUCAACCUCUGUACUACACGAAACAGUUACUUUGUAGCCCCUUUUCCCGUGUAACCUUUUUUAUGUUGGAGAAACAAUAAAAAGUUUAUGUUUUUAAAAUGCCUGUAUAGAGUAGUUUAACAGCUUAGUUUUAUAAAACGUAUUAUGAUUGUUUUUAACUUAUUGGUAGUACUAUUCUAAAAGAAAUGUGUCUAAAAAUAAACUCCUUUGUGUAAAUUAUUUUUGAUACAGCUUGAUUUAAACAUGCUGCCUAAAUUCUAGUUGUUCUAGCAAUUGGUAAAAUAUUUUUUAUCAACAUUUUUAUGUACAUUUUUAAAACUCCUUUCCUGUUGUCUUAUUGAAGUUUUAAUUUAAUGCAUCUUCAUGUAAAAUAUGUUAAAAAAUUCAUCUUUAUAUGUUGUUCUUAAGAGUUGCUUAUCAUAUGACGUGUUUUUGAGUCAUGGUACAAAAUAUAUAGCAUGACUCAAAUCUAUAAUCAUAACUCAGCAACUCAGUUAUUAUUAUUAGGGAUAUAAGGAAAGUAAGAGGUUCAGUUUAAGUGUAGCUUUAGGAAAACAUAUGUUUUCUUAGUCUAGAACCCUUAUGGGUAGCUUGGGAGUUGCUUGAAACAUAAAAUGUAACACCACACUGUAUACAUAUACAUACUCAAAUUGUAUUUAAUGUUCGUCAAACAACAUUAAUGUACUUUUGAAUAUAGUCAGGAGUUUCAAAUUAA